GGAGCCGGAAUACGAACUGGAACUAACCAGAACUCCAGUUCAUUUUCGGCUGAACUUUACUGGGAGGGUUUAGAAUCUAAUUUCGAAUGGUUUGACUGGGAUCUAGUUUACCGUGUAGGUUUCUUGAAAUGUUGGCAUCCUAUUUAUUUUCUUGGCAAAAAAAUCGGUAAAAUUUUACGCGCGCUUUUGACACAACAAACUGUGCCGUUUUGGAAGCAUACGUGCCUUAAUCGAGUGUAGUCUUUCUGGCAUAGACUUUAGAUUCUAUCAUUGCUUUAAAUUUUUUAAUUUAUCGAAUACCCGGUUUUCUUAUUUCGUGUUGUAGUAAUAUUGAAAUAAUCGUAAGAGCAUGUCUAGCCCUGCGAGAUCGAACCGAGGACGUCGGCAAGAAAAUGGUUCACAAAAUACUCCCUUAAAACAGACCACUAGCAAUGAUGAAACGGAAACUCCGCUUCGUAUGGGCAAUCGGUCACAGGCUGCCAAUGUGGUGGUUGAAAAUUCCGAUAACGUAACGGUUCCGACUUCUCCGGCUGCAGGUGGCUCGGCAGCAGCGAUGGCACCUCCAACUAGCCCCUAUGUUGCUGUUGGUGGGAGCGGUGCCGUUGGGAUGAGCGAGAUAGACAUUAGCUCUCCAUUGAACUACGGGACACCAAGUUCAAUGGGAUCUGUUCGUACACCGCGAUCUGGAAUCCGAGGUACACCCAUGAGACAACGACCAGAUUUACGUGCCGAUCGAAGGGUGCGUCAAGUUAACGUUGCAUCAGACCAACUUGAGCCUAUACCGGAGGGAAGUCAACCGUCCGAAACGGACUCGGCCGCACCAAGUCAGCCCAGGUUAGUGGUUUGGGGAACCAACGUUGUUGUCUCCGAAUGCUUGAAGAAGUUCAAAGACUUCCUGAUGAGAUAUAUUGAUCCUGAUGCAGCUCAAGAUGAAAUUUCGGAGGGCAUGAACUUGAACGAACCUUUAUAUAUGCAAAAGUUGGAAGACAUUCACACGCUUGAAGAGCCCUUUUUGAACAUCAAUUGUUCCCACUUGAAAACCUUUGAUGAAGGUCUCUAUCGGCAGCUGAUUUGCUAUCCUCAGGAUGUUAUACCUACUUUUGAUGUUGCGGUGAAUGAAAUGUUUUUCGAGAGAUACCCAGCUGCUGUUCUGGAACAUCAGAUUCAAGUGCGACCGUUCAAUGCUGAGAAAACGCGAAGCAUGCGGGCGUUGAAUCCGGAAGAUAUUGAUCAGUUGAUUACAAUCAGCGGAAUGGUUAUACGUACUUCAAACAUCAUGCCCGAAAUGCGCGAAGCGUUCUUCAAAUGUAUUGUCUGUAACUUUAGCACAGUAGUUGAGCUUGAAAGAGGACGAAUAUCCGAACCGACACUCUGCUCUCACUGCAAUACUAAUCAUUGCUUCCAGUUGAUUCAUAAUCGGUCACAGUUUGCUGAUCGUCAAAUGGUGAAACUCCAAGAAGCACCAGAUGACAUGGCUGCUGGUCAGACUCCUCAUAAUGUACUGCUCCUAGCUCACGAUGAUCUAGUGGACAAAGUACAACCUGGUGAUCGUGUCACGGUAACUGGUAUUUACAAAGCCAUGCCAAUUCAAGAAAAUCCACGUCAACGUAAUGUCAAGUCCGUAUACAAAACUCACAUUGACGUAGUUCAUUUCCGUAAAGUUGAUGACAAGAGAUUGUACGAGCAGGAAGAGGGCAAGGAUCACAUGUUCCCACCCGAACGAGUUGAACUCCUGAAAAAACUUUCACAGAAACCGGAUGUGUAUGAUCGAUUGGUCCGAACAAUUGCUCCAUCUAUCUACGAGAAUACGGAUAUAAAGAAAGGUAUUUUAUUACAACUCUUCGGUGGAUCUAAGAAAAAGCAAGCUACAUCCGGCCGACAGAAUUUCCGAGCAGAGAUUCACAUUUUGCUAUGCGGUGAUCCAGGUACUUCCAAAUCACAGUUAUUGCAAUAUGUGUAUCAUUUAGUACCCAGAUCGCAAUAUACUUCGGGAAAGGGAUCAUCGGCAGUAGGUUUGACUGCUUAUGUGACGAAGGAUCCGGAAUCGAGGCAGCUUGUUUUGCAGACCGGUGCACUGGUUUUGGCAGACAAUGGAGUCUGUUGCAUCGAUGAAUUUGACAAAAUGAACGAUUCGACCAGAAGUGUUUUGCACGAAGUUAUGGAACAGCAAACUCUUAGUAUUGCCAAAGCAGGUAUCAUUUGUCAGUUAAAUGCUCGUACAUCCAUUCUAGCAGCAGCAAAUCCGUCAGAAUCACAGUGGAACAAAAAUAAAACUAUCAUCGAUAAUGUUCAAUUGCCUCACACGCUGAUGUCAAGGUUUGAUUUGAUUUUCUUGAUCCUUGAUCCGCAAGAUGAAGUGUUUGAUCGACGUUUGGCAGCUCAUCUUGUUUCGCUCUACUAUGCUAACCGAGAGGAUGAAGAGGAUACUUUAUUUGAUAUGAGUGUGCUCCGUGACUAUAUGGCCUAUGCAAAGGAGCACAUCAACCCGGUUUUAUCAGAAGAGGCCCAGCAGCGACUUAUUCAAGCAUACGUCGACAUGCGAAAGGUCGGCGCAGGCCGUGGUCAAAUAUCGGCCUAUCCAAGACAGUUGGAAAGUUUGAUUCGACUGGCCGAAGCCCACGCUAAAGUGCGACUUAGCGAAACCGUCGAAGUUGUUGAUGUCGAAGAAGCCUGGCGCUUGCACCGCGAAGCUCUCAAACAGUCGUCUACCGAUCCUCUAUCGGGUAAGAUCGAUGUGGGUAUUUUGACAACAGGAUUAUCUAGUGCGGCGCGUAAGAAACGAGCAGAAUUAGUCGCUAGUAUCAAGGAAAAUCUUAAAUCGAAGGGAAAAAUUUCGACGAUACCUUAUUUGAAGUUGUUUGGAGAGAUUAAAGAAGCUUCCCAAGUUCUGGUAACGAAGGAACAGUUUGAGGAUGCGUUGAAGGAAUUACAGGAUGAGGGUGUUAUUGUUAUUGUUGGUAAUAACACCAUCAGGAUAUGUUAAUGUUAACAAUGUACGUCGUCGACAUAAGGUACAAGUUUCCUUCUGAGGUCACCUUAAAACACCAAUGUUUUUUAUGACUAGUAAUAAGAUUUCUUUUUUAUUGCUCAAUAUAAAUAUUUGUCAAAAAUUACAUAAUUUAA